AUGCAGAAAUUCUACCUAUCCGCUUACGCGAAGCCUAACCUAGGUGGACUGGCAACCGGGAGUGCCACUCAUGGCUAUGGCCAUUGGAUGCCGGAGAAUGUCGGGCUUCGCCGAGCCUGGCUAUCUCAUCUCCUUGACAAGGUCAAGCCAGAAAUUCCCCGAAAGUUGAGAGACGGCAAAGCAAACCCAGUGGAGAAAUUGAGGCAGCUGAUUGAAAAUAAUUCAACCCUCUACAUGCUUGCGCAUUCCAUGUUUGAUGAGGUCCCCGAAAAGGCCCCGUACGACAGAGAUCCAACCACGCUCAAGAAACAAGUCCGAAAUUAUAAAACCAUGUUAUAUCUUUUCAACACCCUCUUGACCGAAGUGCCGGAGUACUUCUUGGUCGACAAUCCAGACGUACCCAGCGGUCUUAUUGGGUUUCCGUUCAAUAUCAUUGUUGACUGGCCGAUGGGUACAGAGAGCGGGCGUCAAUUCUUCCUCGAUCCCAGAGUGAACGAAUGUCUCAAAGUGAUCUUGAAUAAAUGGAAUGAGUUCCUCAGUGACCCUACGGCAGGGGGUAUUGGCCCGAAUGCUGGCAACGAAGCACUGAUUGAUGCUGGUUGGAGCUCAGACGCAGCAAUAAGACAAUUGGAGAAUAAGGCAAACGACGCCACACCUGGUAGUACAAAAAAGUUCACAGAUCUAUUCGAACACCCCGCUGGAGGCACUCAGAAGAACUUCUUCAACUAUCCACAUUGGGAUGCAUUCUUUACGCGCAAGUUUAAGGCCGGUGUCCGCCCCGUCGGCAAUGCGGCCCUUGUCAACGCCUGCGAAUCUUUCCCUCUUUCAUUCGACACUGACGUCUCAGGCCGCACUACCUUCUGGCUUAAGGGAACACCGUAUUCGCUUUACGAUAUGCUGGGAGCGACGCAAGACACCAGAGUCAGCGAGUAUGUUGAUAAAUUUGUCGGUGGUACUGUCUAUCAGGCUUUCUUGAGUGCAGAUUCUUACCAUUGCUGGAAUGCACCCGUCACAGGCAGGGUGGUAUACCGAUCCCUCAUCGAUGGAACAUACUUCGCCGAAACAGCCGCUGCCGGAUUUGGUGGCUCAAGUGGCCCUGAUCCAGCUGGUCCGGACGUGUCGCAGCGUUAUAUCACUCACAUAGCGGCACGAGGUGUUCUUAUCAUUGACACGAAUGUUGAGAAUGGUUCACAGAUUGGAUUAGUGGGCUUCAUACCCGUAGGAAUGUCAGAGGUAUCAACCUGCCGAUGGGAGGAUAGUACAGCCGAAGGCAAAUCCAUUGCCCAGGGGGAUCUCAUUGGGGCUUUCCACAGUGGUGGUUCAACCCACUGCCUUCUCUUUGAGCGUGAAUAUGCAAGACGGCUGAACUUCAAUCCCAAGGCACAAUACCCCGAGAUAGCAACCGUGAAUCUCGCCGUCAAUAGUACGUUGGCUACUCUCUAG